AUGUAUAACUGUUCAUUAAAUACGAGCUAUAAAUCUGCUAAUGAUGAUGUAUUAACGCCAUUACCUAAUACAAAACAACUUCAAUCAACUAUAAUCCAACGAAGUAUUUCAACAGUUGCUACGAAAAAUGUUAAAUCAUCUGGUUAUGGACAAUAUCAAUUAUCAUCAACAAAACGACCAUUUUCUACUUUCGGUACAGCAGAAUGUUCGUUUCGUGAAUAA